AUGCCAGAUGGCAAAGUUGAGGCAGAAUCGACAGACGCAACUGUGACGUCUGAUAAGAACGGAGUUCUACUUCGCGUCUAUAACGAGAAGGACUCUGAUAAGUUAAAACUUACCGACUUGGUGCUAGUUUAUGGCAUCCUGGAGCACGCACGCCUUGGCAGUGAACCUGCGGUUGAACCUGCAAUGGAAACCGAUGCUGCUGAUGAGGAUGACAAAAAGAAGGUCGUC